GUCUACUCGCCCUGGACUCAGCUGUCAUGGAGCUUUCUUACCAGACUCUCAAACUCACGCACCAGGCGCGGGAAGCGCGCGUCAGUUCAGGAACUGAAUGGGACUCUGAAUUAAAGGUACAGCAGCAGUACGAGACGAGAACAGAAGCACGGAGAAAAAAUCUUCUCAUUUUGAUUUUGCAUUAUUUAACACAAGAAGGAUAUAUUGAUGCAGCUAAUGCUUUGGAGGAAGAAACUAAACUGGGGUUACGACGCUUUGAAGUUUGUGACAACAUUGACCUUGAAACCAUUUUGAUGGAAUAUGAGAGCUAUUAUUUUAUAAAAUUUCAGAAGUACCCCAAAAUGGUUAAGAAAGCAUCAGACACAGGAAAUAAUUUACCACCAAAAAGUGGAGGGAAGACCAAAAGGGUGACAAAUGACAGUUGUCAAAAUCUUCCCAAGAUCUGUCAGCAGAGGCCACGAUCCAAAACCACAACAGGAAAGAUUGGGGACACUAAAUCUCUCAAGGAGCAUCCUAAACAGGAGGGUGUCAAUAAUGCUCAUGUGGAGGGUGCUGACUUUGGCUUAAACAUAACAAAAAUCCACAAAGAUAGUGGAGAGGAAAAGGCCCACCCACGAAGAGGCCAAAUCAUUGACUUUCGAGGGCUUCUCACAGAUGCUAUCAAAGGAGCCACCAAUGAACUUGCCUUGAACACCUUCGACUGUAACCCAGACCCCUCAGAACGAUUGCUGAAACCUCUGAGUGCAUUUAUUGGCAUGAACAGUGAGAUGCGAGAAUUGGCAGCGGUAGUGAGCCGGGACAUUUAUCUCCAUAAUCCCAACAUAAAGUGGGAUGACAUUAUUGGAUUGGAUGCAGCCAAGCAGUUAGUCAAAGAAGCUGUUGUAUACCCUAUAAGGUAUCCACAGCUGUUUACAGGAAUUCUUUCCCCCUGGAAAGGACUACUACUUUAUGGCCCCCCAGGCACAGGGAAGACUUUACUGGCCAAAGCUGUGGCCACUGAAUGCAAAACAACCUUCUUCAACAUUUCUGCAUCCACUAUUGUCAGCAAAUGGAGAGGAGAUUCAGAAAAACUUGUUCGGGUGCUAUUUGAACUUGCCCGCUAUCAUGCCCCUUCUACGAUCUUCCUAGAUGAGCUGGAGUCUGUGAUGAGUCAGAGAGGCAUGGCUCCUGGGGGAGAACAUGAAGGAAGCCUUCGGAUGAAGACAGAGUUACUGCUACAGAUGGACGGACUGGCACACUCAGAAGAUCUCGUGUUUGUCUUAGCAGCCUCUAACCUGCCAUGGGAGCUGGACUGUGCUAUGUUACGGCGAUUGGAGAAGAGGAUUCUAGUUGAUCUCCCCAGUCAAGAGGCCAGGCAGGCCAUGAUCCACCACUGGCUGCCCCCUGUAAGCAAGAGCCAUGCCCUGGAGCUUCACACAGAGCUGGAGUACAGUAUGCUGAGCCAGGAGACAGAGGGCUACUCAGGCUCAGAUAUUAAACUAGUCUGCAGGGAGGCAGCCAUGCGACCUGUGAGGAAGAUCUUUAGUGUGCUUGAAAAUCACCAAUCAGAGAGCAGCAAUUUACCUGGGAUGCAGCUGGACACUGUGACCACGGCUGACUUUCUGGAUGUGCUGGCUCACACCAAGCCUUCAGCAAAGAAUCUGACUCAGAGAUACUCAGCCUGGCAAAAGGAGUUCGAGUCUGUUUAAAACCACACUCAGCCUCACCUAGCCAGAGGCAGCUGCAGAGGCCUGUGAAGUUAUUAGUAAAAGUGGGAGAAGAACACUGUGACUUGGAUGGAAGAGAGAAAAUUAUGCUUGGAUGCUGGAUUAAUUUGGACAACUGUAUUAUUUGGGAAACAGGAGAUUUGUACAUCAUCAAUGCCAGCAGAGUGUAGAUUUCAGUUACAAGCAUAUAUGCUAUGAGGUCAGGCAAUGGAAAUUUUUCUCAUAAUUAGAAUAUACAGUUUUGAAGAAUGGGUUCCUGUGGUGUUCCUCAUUUGUGAACUGCUGUCUUCAUUUUGAACAAAAGGAUUUUCUGAGUAUCUACUUUUGUCCUUUUUCUUGCGAUACAUUCUCAAAUUGUCAGAUCCCCAUUAACAUUCUUUUCGGUAUGGCCCAUGUAAUCUCUGUUAUCUCCCUCCUCCUUCUGAUCCUGGUAUUCCAUGGAGAGGGGACCAUGAGCCACUGGAGAACAAGGUUUGUACCUAAAUCCCAAUUUUCAGUCCUGCAACUGUGGCUGACCGCCAUGACCUCUGUUAUGCCACCAUGCCUACUAUCCCCAAGGCCUUAACCUUAUACACUUUCCCAGAGAAUAAAGGAAAACCUCCAUUCUCCUCCUCAAAGAAGUGGUCAUCUGGCUUCUUAGGGCUUCUGGACUCCAACUAGUCUGUUAACCAACUUUCAAACAAUUCCUCACUUUUCAGCCCUGCCCACAUGUCAUUUGUCUCCACGUGGUGUUUCCAAAAUCCAUCUUUGAGGCUGUUCUGCAGGAUGAAUUCUGGAUAUAUUUUCUUUGUGCUCAUUAUAGUUAUUAUCACUUCAUCUACUUUCCAUCUUCCAAAUUAUGACAUCUUUUCAUCCAUAGUCUCUUACUGGUUGACCUUAUAGGUUUCUAACUUCCUUAUUAAAUGGGGUUUGA